UGGCUGGCCUCGCUCCUAACCGGCUUCUCCUUUUCCCACGGCGCGAGGCCACCACGUCCCGAGGGCACGCACAGCAGCGCCCCCAGACCUCCUCCGGUCCCCACCCCCACCCCAUCCUCAGCGGCGGAGGAGGGAGGGGCCGAGAGAAGAGAACCGGGUGACACCGCGCGCUCCCUCCCCCCCACCCCACCCCGAGCCGCGGCGCGCGCGCGCCCCCGGCAGGCGCCUGCAUAUUAAUGAAUGGGGGUGGGGUGGGGAAGAGAGCCUCGGCCUCGUGCCCGCGCGUGCCAGGGGGGACGCAAUUGUGAGGUGGCUGUGACGCACAUUCCGGGGUUCUUAAGGGGCUGCGGCGGCGGCGCCGGAGCCGGUAUCGGGAGGAGGAGGAGGAGGAGGAGGAGGUGGCUGUAAGGGGGGGAGGGAGGGGGUAAAGACGGUCAACCCCGCUCAGUUACGGUGUGUCUCACUGACCUCCCCCCCUCCCUCCUCCCUCCAACACACACACUCCCCCAACCCCAGUCCUAGUGGCAGCUCCCGUCCUAUCCCGGGUUUCUUAGGUGGGGCAGGCGAAGGGAAGGGGGGUGGGGGGGCGGUGGUCUAUCUUGGCCCUGGUGCGAAUCGCCCCCUCUCCUCCCCAUUCCCUUCUUCCCCUGUGGCUGUACCUGAUAAAUGGGGGAUUACGGAUUCGGGUUACUGCAGACUGCCCCGCUCCGAAGCAGCAGCCCCGGCCCCCUGUUCAGCAGCGGAGCUUACCGACCCUACCCGCCAGUCCCAACCCCAGCCACCCCCCAGAUCUCUUCCUCCUUGCCCUUCGCCUCCCUCUCGCAGCCACCGUUGCCUGUCACCGGUUUCUCCCCGGCCUCGACCCCCUCCCAGUUUUCCAUUCCCACCGGCGGCGGCAGCUCCGCAGCCGCCUCUUCCUCCUCCCCCCUGUUCCUGGCUGCGGCCGCCGUAGCGCACACCCAUAUCAUGCAGGAUGAGCUGCUGCUGGGGCUGACACAGCAACAGCAGCAGCAACUCUCAGGGUCAGGGCUCCCCGAAAAACUCCCUAACCACCAUCCCGUCGGCAGCACGAAAGCGGGUGCGACCCACCUCCUCCCCUCCCAGGACUUCAAACCGAGUCUGCACCACCCCUCCUCCUCCUCUUCGUCCUCCUCCUCCUCCACUACCUCCUCCCCCCAGGACUUCAGCAAGCAGCAGCAGCAGCUGAGCAGCCAGAAGAGGAAAGAGUUCAACCCCCCCCACCCUCCCCACCCUCAGGACUUGAAGCAGCAGCCGCCGCCGCUCAACACCCCCGACCAGUUCAUCUCACAGCAGCAGCAACAGCAGCAGCUCCACCAGCUCCAACAGGAGCAGCUCCAGAAACAGCAACAGCAGCAGUUCAGCCACCCGCACCACCCGCACCCGCACCACCACCACCGCCACCACCACCACCCACCGGACUUCCACCACCCUAAGCAGCCACCGGGAGACUAUCAUCCCCUCCCCCAGCACUACCAGCCCCCACUUCAGCCUUCGCCGCCCCAAGCCCAGCACCACCACCACGGGGGGGUGGACAGUCUUCGGAAAAUCCCGGCGGCGACAACAGCAGCGACCGCAUCGGCAGCCGGCGAGGGGACCGCCGCUGAGUCCCCCAAUGUGGGCUUGGUCCCCUCGACGCCGUCUGUGAAUCUCCUGCCAGGCUCAAAGCUGCCCCCGUCGAUGGAGUCCCCCAACCAUCCCUUGCUCAACAGCCCCAGUAACCUCCUGCCGGGCGGGGGGCUCGGGGCCGGCGGCGGCUUCAGCAGCCUGCAGAGCCCGGACCUGCCUCACCCGGGCGGCGGCGGCGGAGGGGGCGGGGGCCCCCCGGCAGCAGCAGGAGGAGGGGGCUCUGCUUCGCCGCCGCCGCCGCUGCCGGGUUUCGGCACCCCCUGGUCGGUGCAGACCUCGUCGCCUCCGCCCCAGCAGCAACAGCAGCAGCCGCCGCCGCCCCAACCCCCGCAGCAGCAGCAGCCGCCGCCGCCCCAGCCCCCUCAGCCGCCGCAGCAGCCGCCGCAGCCACCCCAACCUCCGCAGCAGCAGCAGCCGCAGCAGCCGCCGCCGCCGGGCUCCUCGGCUGCCACCCCGGGCGGCGGCAGUGGCUGCGGCGGCCCAAUCAGCGCCAUGCCGCCGCCCAAUCCGGAGACGGACAGCAGUUUCUACCCGGGGAUGUCGUCGAUCAACCCGGCUUUCUUCCAGAGCUUCUCGCCCGUGUCUCCGCAUAACCCCUGUGCCGGCAUGAGCGUGCCGGGCGGCGGCGGAGGUGGCGGCGGCGGCGGCUUCGGUAGCCCCUUCUCGGCUGCUGCCGUACCCCCGCCCCCGCCGGCCAUGAAUUUACCUCAGCAGCCGCCGUCGGCCCCACAGCCGCAGCCCGCGCCGCCAGCCCCGCAGCCGCCACCGCCGCCUUCGAGCCGGCGCUCGCCUGUCAGCCCGCAACUCCAACAGCACCAGGCGGCAGCAGCCGCCGCCUUCCUGCAGCAGAGGAACUCAUACAACCACCACCAGCCUCUUCUGAAGCAAUCUCCUUGGAGCAACCAUCAGAGCAGUGGCUGGAGCACAGGAAGCAUGUCGUGGGGAGCAAUGCAUGGCAGAGAUCAUCGUAGAACUGGAAAUAUGGGAAUUCCAGGAACUAUGAAUCAGAUCUCUCCAUUGAAGAAACCAUUUUCUGGUAAUGUCAUAGCCCCACCGAAAUUCACUCGCUCUACUCCAUCCUUGACACCUAAAUCAUGGAUUGAAGAUAAUGUAUUCAGAACGGACAACAACAGUAAUACUCUCUUACCCUUACAGGUAAGAAUGGUGAGAUCUAGUUUGCAGUUGCCAGCUUGGGGCUCAGAUUCACUCCAAGAUAGUUGGUGCACUGCAGCCGGAACAUCCAGAAUAGACCAGGAUCGAAGUCGAAUGUAUGACAGUUUGAACAUGCACUCAUUGGAAAACUCCCUCAUUGAUAUUAUGAGAGCAGAGCAUGAUCCUCUUAAAGGUCGCUUGAGCUAUCCUCAUCCAGGGACUGACAAUCUUUUGAUGUUAAAUGCGAGGAGUUAUGGGCGAAGACGAGGUCGCUCUUCCCUCUUCCCAAUAGAUGAUGGCUUGCUGGAUGAUGGCCACAGUGAUCAAGUUGGUGUCUUAAAUUCACCCACAUGCUACUCAGCUCAUCAGAAUGGAGAGAGGAUAGAACGUUUUUCUCGGAAAGUUUUUGUUGGUGGCCUUCCUCCUGAUAUUGAUGAAGAUGAAAUUACUGCUAGUUUCAGACGAUUUGGGCCUCUAGUAGUUGACUGGCCUCACAAAGCAGAAAGCAAGUCCUACUUCCCACCAAAAGGUUAUGCAUUCCUUCUCUUCCAAGAGGAGAGCUCUGUUCAAGCACUGAUUGAUGCUUGUAUUGAAGAAGAUGGAAAGCUAUAUCUAUGUGUUUCUAGCCCUACCAUCAAGGACAAACCAGUUCAGAUCCGUCCCUGGAAUCUAAGUGAUAGCGACUUUGUAAUGGAUGGGUCACAACCCCUCGAUCCCCGAAAAACAAUUUUUGUUGGAGGUGUUCCCAGACCAUUGAGAGCAGUGGAACUAGCAAUGAUAAUGGACCGGCUCUAUGGUGGAGUUUGUUAUGCAGGAAUUGAUACAGAUCCAGAGCUGAAGUAUCCAAAAGGUGCUGGGCGUGUUGCUUUUUCCAAUCAGCAGAGCUAUAUUGCUGCCAUUAGCGCUCGGUUUGUUCAACUUCAACAUGGCGAUAUUGACAAACGAGUGGAGGUAAAGCCAUAUGUGUUGGAUGACCAGAUGUGUGAUGAAUGCCAGGGUGCACGCUGUGGUGGAAAGUUUGCCCCUUUCUUUUGUGCCAAUGUCACUUGCCUGCAGUAUUAUUGUGAGUUUUGCUGGGCGAAUAUCCACUCUCGUGCAGGACGUGAAUUCCAUAAGCCAUUGGUCAAGGAAGGCGCUGACCGCCCACGUCAGAUCCACUUCCGCUGGAACUAAGUAUAGUGAACCAGCCUCUGUUUAAGGAAAGAUGGGUGCAUGUGGCUUACUGUGUUUGAAGAUACUGACGUGCAGAAGAAAUAAGUGCAUUCUUCUGCUUUUCACCCCAGCUAUCAAUACAUGCAUCUUUAUCAGCAGCCAAAACACUACAAGCCUCUUGUUUUUCACCAAAACCCUACAUCUCAGGCUUACUAAUUUUUGUGAUAUUUUCAUGUUAAAAUAAAAUGUUUUUUUGUAUUUUCUCCAAGUUAUUUUUAUAUGUAAAGUUAAAACUAGAUGUGAGAAUGUUUUUUGCAUAGGGGCACACAGUCUGCUGCUAUAUUUAGUGGGUGAAGCGUGCACUUAUUUCUAAACAUGGGUUUUUAACUUCAAGAUCUGCCCCAGUAAUUUACCAAAGGUAGCAAAAUAAUAGUGAAGAUGGAAUAUGUCUGCUACAAAAAGCUUAUUUUUAUUGUUGCUAUUUUCAGUGUAUACAUAAACUAAAAAAUUAGGGUUGAUUUUUGCUCUCCAUUUUGACUUGCAAGAAAUAAUACCUCAAGAUAAUCUGAUUUAUUAGCUAUUUUUAAACAUUUUUAAUCACAAGCUGUAUUAGCUUUGCUGCUAUAUAGGUGUUAUGUGUAAUGCCACCUAUUAAUACGGGAUUGAAAACGUUUAAGACAUACUGCAUUGCAGAUGAAAUGCAGGCAGCACAAUAUGGCCUAAACUGCCAUAGUUUUAGAAUGUGAAGAAAAAUUGCAUGUUUACUUACCUGUAUACACCAUAUGCAUGCACUAGAAUUAUUUACUAACCAGAGGUGAGUUAUUGCAAAUGUUCAGGAAAAAAAAAAGCUCUCUUGAAUCUAGGUAGCAUGAGCAAAUUAUAAAAUUUGUUCCAAAAAAAAUAAACAACAAACUUGCAUGCAUUAUCGUGACUCAAGUUUUUUAAAAUGUCCUAAAUGUGUACAAUAUGCAAAUUAGUUUUAGAUUAGAAAGUGCAGCCAUUUUGUGACCUGGUCGGUAGUGGAAUUCGAUUUAUGCAGACUGGAUGUA